GUCAAACUGGCUCGAGUUCAGUGUUUGGCAGAGUUUGAAAAAUCUGGAUCCUUUAAUAUGGACCAUGCAGAACUGGCCCAGCCCAUAAAUAAUACUGACAUGUUUUUAGAGGAAAAGAACACUGAACCUGUAGAAAACAAGCGGAGGCAUCGUGAAAUGAAGACUGGUAUUGGAGCAAGAGGCUUCUUCUGUAAAGUCAUGUCAGGGUUGCUGUUGUUGGCUCUGGUGUGCCAAACCAUGGCCUCUUCUUCACCGUUUUCAGCAGUGGACCCAUGCGGGCCAGACGUUGCAGCUCUCAAGCGCAGCAUAAGGAAACUGGAGAAUAAACUCUUGAUCGGGUCUUGGCAGAUUGAACACUUGCAGAUGCACAAAUACUUCCGUCCAUUUCAACCUGCUGUGUCUAAUACUGAACCUGAAACUGACACUGCCCCUGUUGUAAACCACAACAGCAGUGGGGCAGUAGACAGCUCUGAUGGGACACUGAUGACAACACUUCCACCAGCAGGCAGCUUGAUCGUCCAUGACAAAGACUGUUCAGAGCUGUUUGACAGACUGAGACCACCAAGCGGUUUCUACCGCAUCAGACCCAAAUUACAACAGGAACCUUUUUUGGCCUAUUGUGACAUGGAGGAUGGAGGAGGAUGGACAGUGUUUCAGAGACGUCGCCAUGGAAAAGUUGACUUCAACAGAGACUGGGUGGACUACAGAGAUGGCUUUGGUGACUUCAAGCUGUGGAAUGAUGAGUUUUGGUUGGGGAAUGAGCACAUGCAUUCGUUACUCUCAGAAGGAAAGAACCUGGUGAAGAUUGAUCUAAUGGACUGGGAUGGAAAGAGAAGUUAUGCAUUUUACGAGAACUUCAGGAUCACUGACGAGGCCGACAAGUAUCGUCUCCACUAUGGGAUGUAUAGUGGGCAAGCUGGGGAUGCUCUGACUGGUGGUGGGGGAAUGGUGGAGCAGUGGUCUGCUUGCCUCAGCGGCAUGCAGUUCAGCACUAGAGAUCAGGACAAUGACCGCUACUUGCAGGGCAGCUGUGCUCAGGAGAAUAAGGCAGGUUGGUGGUUCAACAGAUGCCAUGCAGCCAACCUGAACGGGAAGUUCUACCGCAAAGGGAAGUACAAGGGCCAGAAUGACGAUGGUGUGGUGUGGGGGAGCUGGAGAGGCCUUUGGUAUUCCCUGAGACACACCACCAUGAAGGUGCGGCCUCUGGUUUUCUUGGACGCCAUGGGCAGUGGAGCAGGGGACAUGUGAAAACACCAGGUCUCACAUUCCCUUGUGUGAUACAUAUGAAGCUGAAUAACGAGAACAAAGAUUGAUGUCAUGUUUAAAUUCUUUGUAUUUGAAUUUCUCCCUUUGCUUCAUCAUUUGAACUAUUAUCAAAUGUCAGUACAGUAGCUUCUAUUUUUCAGUAAGCACUGAUUUGUAUGAAGUGUAUGAUAUUACUCAAACAAUAAAACAAACAGCAUCUCA